CCCGGGAGGCCGGGGCGGCGGGCACAGCUCGGCAGGAGGCGGGCGCCCGGAGACGCGGCUGGGGCCCGCGCGGCCGGGCGCUGUCUCAGGGCAGGGCUGCCCGGCCCCGGCCCCGGGCGGCCCGCGCUCCCCAUGAAAAACCAGCUCCGCGGCCCCCCAGCGCGGGCGCACAUGUCGGCUUCGGGGGCUGCGGCGGCUGGGGACACCCGGGCGGGGUCGGAACCCGGCGCGGGGUCUGGGUCUGGCACGGGCACUGGGGCGGGCGCGGUGACGGGCGCUGGAGCCAUGCCCUGCAAGAGCGCCGAGUGGCUGCAGGAGGAGCUGGAGGCGCGCGGUGGCGCGUCCCUGCUGCUGCUAGACUGCCGGCCACACGAGCUCUUCGAGUCCUCGCACAUUGAGACGGCCAUCAACCUGGCCAUUCCGGGCCUCAUGCUGCGCCGCCUGCGCAAGGGCAACCUGCCCAUCCGCUCCAUCAUCCCCAACCACGCCGACAAGGAGCGCUUCGCCACGCGCUGCAAGGCAGCCACCGUGCUGCUCUACGACGAGGCCACAGCCGAGUGGCAGCCAGAGCCCGGCGCCCCCGCCUCUGUGCUUGGCCUGCUCCUGCAGAAGCUGCGCGACGACGGCUGCCAGGCCUACUACCUCCAAGGUGGUUUCAACAAGUUCCAGACCGAGUACUCGGAGCAUUGUGAAACCAAUGUGGACAGCUCUUCCUCGCCAAGUGACUCUCCACCCACCUCGGUGCUGGGCCUGGGGGGCCUACGUAUCAGCUCUGACUGCUCUGAUGGCGAGUCAGACAGAGAGUUACCCAGCAGUGCCACCGAGUCAGACGGCAGCCCUGUGCCGUCCAGUCAGCCAGCCUUCCCUGUCCAGAUUCUGCCCUACCUCUACCUCGGCUGUGCCAAGGACUCCACCAACUUGGAUGUGCUCGGCAAGUACGGCAUCAAAUACAUCCUCAAUGUUACCCCCAACCUGCCCAAUGCCUUUGAGCACGGUGGCGAGUUCACCUACAAGCAGAUCCCCAUCUCUGACCACUGGAGCCAGAAUCUCUCCCAGUUCUUCCCUGAGGCCAUCAGCUUCAUUGAUGAGGCCCGCUCCAAGAAGUGUGGUGUCCUGGUGCACUGCCUGGCCGGCAUCAGCCGCUCGGUGACAGUCACUGUGGCCUACCUGAUGCAAAAGAUGAACCUGUCACUCAAUGACGCCUAUGACUUCGUCAAGAGGAAAAAAUCCAACAUCUCGCCCAACUUCAACUUCAUGGGGCAGCUGCUGGACUUUGAGCGGACGCUGGGGCUAAGCAGCCCGUGUGACAACCAUGCACCCAGUGAACAGCUCUACUUCUCCACGCCCACCAACCGCAACCUGUUCCCACUUAACACACUCGAGUCCACGUGAGGCCGGGUCCUCAGGGCCUGGAGGAGGCCCAGCCUGCUGCCCUUGGCCUGAGGAACCCACAUGCGUCACCUGUGCCUGGAGGCCAGGCUGGGCUACACCAAGCUCCCUCACCGUCUUGUGGGGCAGGGCCCGCGGGCAGGGUCUCCUCAUGCAGAAGCCUGGGAUUACAGAUGUGCGGCUUUGGGGGCCAGCAGGCCUCACCGUUUUUCCCAGGACACUACUUUCUGCUGAUGACCCAGCCCUGCUGGCUAUUUUUAAAGACAUCCAUGAACCUGAGUUUACUUUUGGCAGGUAAAUCCAAGCUCCCCAGAGCUCAGAGUGUAUUCAAGCUCUUCUUGAUUUUUCGUUGUUUUUUUUUUUUUUUUUUUUAUGGC